AUUGUUAUUUUGAGUUAUCUAACUUGGAAGUCGUUUAUCUGAGGACCCACGUCCAGAGAGGUUGCUAUCUAUCUGGACAGCUAGAACUUUGAAAUCACCACUAACAACCACUUUUUUCCAACAGGAUCAUGGACUCCAUGGAAGCUCGUUUCGGCCAUCUGCGUCAGCGUGACACCAGUGUGGACAUGCUGCGGGUGAAGAUGUCUCGGAGACGGUCGCAGUCCCAGAAGGAGAACCGAGACAAGGCACUGAACAGCCGCAGGCAGCUUGACAAACUCCCGGAGUUGGAAUGUUCUCAACUGGACAUGUCGGUUGUUGAAAAUGUGUCAGUAGUUCAGGAAAAAGCAUCGAAUGCGAAACAAGUGAAAAACGCUGCAGUGGAGGAGCGAAUUAAAAAGCUGGCCCGUUACAAAGAGAAGAAGGAGCUUGUGAAGGAGAAAGAGAAGAGAGCAAGGGAGAAGAAGGGGGUGUUCAAGGUUGGGCUGUACCGGCCCCUGGCCCCUCUGCCUCAGGCCCCAGCUGCUACAAUCAAAGCCAGGGCAACAACGGCAGUGGUCCAGCCCCAAUCCACCAGAGUGACUCGCUCCAACAUGAGGCAGCAGGCCCCCAAGUUACCACAAUCUAAUGACACUCUUCCUGUUUCAAGAAAAGUUGAACCAGCUGUGGUCAGGUCAACCAGGAGGACCAGGAUCGCUAUAGUUGAACAAGUAGUCAGAGCCCCAUCCACAAGGUCAGCUAAUAUUCCUCCGGUCUCUGUGGCCCCUGUGGCAAAGGACAAACCUGCUGCAGCGCCCAAGACCAGAUCAAAUGCCAAGCAGUCUGCAGCACCACCUGUUGGCAGAGGGAGGAACACCAGGGGGAGCAAUAAGCAGGCUGCUGUGAAAGUGGACGAGCCAUUAGAGGACCACAGGUCUGCCAGCCCCCCACCCCCCAGUGCAGAGGAGGAUGAGAAGAUGGUAGAAGGCCCUGCUCCAGAACCUGUCCCAUCCCAGGCCGACCCCAUCCUCCCUCCAGCCCCCACCCCGUCCUCCUUCGCCCCCCAGGGCUUUGUGUUCCAGGCCCCAGCAGGCCUGUCCUCCUUCAAGCCCACCCCUCUCACUCCCCGCUCUGCAGACUCCUUCUUCAAACCCAGUGUCCCUGUUCUACACCCUGUUCCACUCAGGCCCUCUGAUAACUUGGUAACCAAAAUGGAACUCAGUGUUCCCUCUCCUGCCAAGUCCCCUUCUCACUCACCACCUCGCCCUUCUCCUACUCUGGCCCCUCUGUGUCUUCCGAGUCCCAAAGAACCAGAGCAUGAUGUGCCCUACUUCAGGUCAGUGGUGGUCAGUGAGACAGAGAGCCUGACAGAAUUUUGUCAGCAGUGGGAGUCCAGGGUGGAUGAUGUCUCUGUCCCUGAAGAGAUGUGUGACCGUAUGCGUACGGCGGUGGGCCAGGCCAGGCUGCUGAUGAAGGAGAGGUUUGGUCAGUUCUCUGGCCUGGUGGAUGACUGUGAGCUGGGCAGAGGAGAAAAGAUCACCACCUGCACCGACCUGCAAGGCUUCUGGGACAUGGUCUCCUACCAGGUAGAGGACGUGAACAAGAAGUUUGGUGCUCUGAAGGAGGCAGAGUCUAAGGGUUGGCAGGAGGAGAGCAAGCCCCCACCACGACAGAGGAAGGUGGUCAAGAAGCCGCCCUCUGCUCUGGUGCCUAAGCCUGCCGGUGGUGCUGUCGCCAAGUCUCGUCUGGCUGCCAUCAAGGCUGCAAUAAAGGCCAAGCAGCAGGCUGCAGAGGCAGAGAAGGCAGCGCAGGCCGCAGGGCCAGGCAGUGCUGUGGACAACCCUGCUCCAGCUCCUCAGGACCCCCAGGCGGAGACCCAGGCCCCAGAGCCACCGGUGGUGGUGUUCCAGGGAGGCUUCUUCCAGGUUGAGAGUCCUGCCAAACUCACAGGCUCUGUGAGGAGAUCCACCCGUGUAUCUGCCAUGCCUCAGGCUUCUCCCUGUUCAGUCACCAAGUUCUCCACCUCUGGCAGAACCCGCCACUCCAACACUGCUGCAGCUGCACACGCCUCCCCACUCCCCUGCCUCACCCUCUCCCCUGCUCACCCCACCCUCACCCCUGCCUGCUCCACCCUCACCCCUGCCUGCCCGUCUGAUGCCACCCCACUCCGUACCCCUCACACUGAUCAUGAACCUCAGUCCUACACCCUGGCCCAAAGUAGCCCCACCAGAGUCUCUCUCUGCUUCUCACCAGUCAAAGAAGCUCUGAUGGACACCCAGUCAGAGGAAGGCCCCAGCAACCAACCAGAGCUAGCCUCUGUGCAGAAUGACGUCACUCCUGACCAACCAGAACCCGAGAGCAUGCAGGAAGCUGUAGCUUGUGACCAAUCGGAGCUUGUUUCAGAGCCCACUGUUUGCCCUGAGGAGCACUAUGUGAGCUGUGAGUCUGAAGAAAUCGGCCAAUCACCAUCCAACACACAACAGCUGACCAAUGACGAACAGCACCAAGAAGCCUUCAGCCUAACGGUGUUGGCCACAGAGGAGCCCAACCAAUUAGAGCUCCAGGACAGAAAAGAGGCUUUAGAGGCCUACGAUACCAGCCUACCCAUCUCACCAGGGCUUCCCCUCUCACCCUCACUGCCCCACACCCAAGUCAGGAGCCCUGCCUUCAGCUUCAACCUCUCCCCCACCCCAGCUAGGCCAAGACUUACUGAGGCCAGCCUAUCUCCUCUCUCCUGCCUGGUGCCCCCCUCCUCUCCUCCUGCUGUCCAGGUCUCCCUCGGCUUCCCAGCUGAUGCCGACGUACCAGUGACCGUGACUCCAGACACUUCCAUCACUGAGGGUAUUCCGGGUUUGGACUUUGAGCGCUACCUCCAACCUGCAGUGAGGUGCAGCCUGUCGCCACGGGAGCUGGCUGUUGCCGAGGAGAUGCUGUCGCCCAUGGCGAUAGAUGUAGAAAUGGAGACUCCAUUGGCUCCGUCUGGAGAGCCCCCUCAGGAGGAAGUGUCGACUCCCACAGCUUUUCCCAGUUUGGCACAAAUGUUGACCCCACGGACCACACAGCCAGUUGAGUCACGCCUGUUGCUGUUCACCCCUGAUCAGAUGGACAGAGUGAGACAGUCCAUUUGCCCCAGUGACCUCAUGUCGUUCACACCUCCCUCUGAUUGAUAGAACGAGCAACUGAUGAGACUGAUAUGAGACUGAUAACUGCUGUUGUAUAUUUUUCUAUUUUGUCUACAUAUAGCGAGACUAGUUUAAAGUCUCUAAAAGAAACAUUUUUAUAUGCAUUGUUUUAUUUUAUUUUAAACUCAUUGUCAGAAAAUAGUUUUUUUUGUAACUUUCCUUACACUGUUUUGUGCUAUCUGUACUACAUUAUUAUUUAAAUACCAAAAAGGCACCAGGUAGUGUUAACUAGUAACCACGUUCUAUAUGGAGCCCAGAUGUCCAGCUUUUGUAUACAAAAUCAACUUUGUUUAUUUUUAGCUUAAAUUCUGUUAUAUUGAAUAUGCGUUUGGAAAAACCUUUUGAUUUGUGUAAAUAAAAUGUAGAUUCUUCACAUUUGCUA